AUGACGUCGCUUAUGGGUUACCAACCUCAAAAUGAGGGUGUCGGAUAUUCCUUUUCUCAGCCAACCAGUGCUCCCAUCAAAGAGCACUCCUUCUACCCGUAUACCGACAACGGCGGUUCAACUUUGGGCAUCUCAGGUUCCGACUUCGCGAUCCUUGCCGGCGAUACUCGUUCCGUUGCAGGAUACAAUAUCAACUCUCGCUACGUCCCGAAAGUAUUCAGGAUCGGUGGUGAUGACGAGACUGGAGAGGGUGCUCAUAUCCUGUUAGCGGUCGUCGGUUUUGCCGCCGAUGGUCAAGCUCUCAAAGAACGACUUGAUGCCGUGGUGAAGAUGUACAGAUACCAGCAUGGAAAGCCUAUGUCUGUGUCAGCGUGUGCACAGCGACUUUCGACUAUCCUUUAUCAGAAACGAUUCUUCCCCUAUUACGUGCAGGCCAUCUUGGCAGGAUUGGAUGAGGAGGGCAAGGGAGCAUUGUACAGUUACGAUCCUGUUGGCUCGUAUGAAAGAGAGCAGUGCAGAGCGGCUGGAUCUGCUGCAAGCUUGAUUAUGCCCUUCCUAGACAACCAAGUGAAUUGCAAGAACCAGUACAUCCCUGGAAGCGGAGAAGGGCAUGCUCUGGAACCAAAGAUGCCGGAGCCUCUCCCAAGGGACACAGUUGAACAGCUCGUGCGGGAUGCAUUCACCAGUGCUGUGGAAAGACACAUUGAGGUCGGUGACGGACUUCAGAUGUUGCUUGUUACAAGGAACGGGAUAGAGGAGAUCUACCACCCUCUGAAGAAGGACUAA